AUGGACGGAGUGGGGAUGCUGAGAGGGACUGUGCAUCCUGAUGGGGCCUGGGCUCCUAAGGAGGGAUUUGGCUGCAGCCCUUUAGAAGGUUUGGUAGUCAACUGCUCAGGUCAAGGAUUGCAAAAACUGGGUCCAGCCUUCCCCUGUGAUGCUGAUACUCACACUCUGAUUCUGGACAAAAACCAGAUAAUUAAAUUGGAACACUUGGAGAAAUGCAAGAAUCUGAUGCAGCUCUCUGUAGCCAGCAAUCGUUUGGUGCGAAUGAUGGGUGUAGCAAAACUGACCAAGCUCCGGGUGCUAAACUUGCCUCAUAAUAGUAUUGGGUAUGUGGAAGGACUGAAGGAUUUGGUGCACCUGGAAUGGCUGAACUUGGCAGGAAAUAACCUUAAGGUGAUUGAGCAAAUCAAUUCCUGUCUAUCUCUUCAGCAUCUUGAUUUGUCAGACAACAACAUAGCUCAAUUAGGCGAUCUUUCCAAGCUUACAUCGCUGAAGACUCUGUUGCUACAUGGAAAUAUCAUAACUUCACUUCGCACUGCCCCUGUUUGCCUACCUCAGAACCUGACUGUUUUUUCUUUGGCAGAAAAUGAAAUUGGAGACUUAAAUGAGGUUUCUUUCCUGGCUUCUCUCCGUCAGUUGGAACAGUUGUCAAUUAUGAACAAUCCUUGUGUGAUGGCCACACCUUCUAUCCCUGGCUUUGACUACAGGCCAUAUAUUGUCAGCUGGUGUCUGAACCUUAAAGUUCUUGAUGGAUAUGUGAUUUCUCAGAAGGAAAGUUUGAAAGCAGAAUGGCUCUACAGUCAAGGUAAAGGAAGAUCCUAUCGACCUGGGCAGCACAUUCAGCUAGUCCAGUACUUGGCUACUGUUUGUCCUCUUAUAUCUGCAUUUGGUCUGCAGACUGAAGAGGAUGCCAAACUGGAAAAAAUACUGAGUAAGCAAAGGCUCCACCAGAGGCAGUUGAUGCAUCAAAACCAAAAUGAAGGACCACCUACAACUUCUACUCCCAGCAAAACACCACCAGUUACUUUUGAACACAGCAGUCCAGCUCAGCCACCACAGAUAGUUCUUGAAAGUGAACCUGUCAUCCAGAAGAAUUCUUGGGUUGGACCGAGUGCAAACGAUGACCAUUCCUAUGCAGUAAAGAACACUUUUCUUCUUGAAAGAAGUUUUCACAAGGACCUAUACCUUGAAGAUAUACAGACAGAUGAAGACAAACUAAACAGCAGCCUUUUAUCCUCAGAGUCUACUUUCAUGCCAGUUGCUUUAGGAUUGUCUCCAGUGUCUUCUACUUCAGACCUGAAGCUACAUGGAAUCAAUUUGAGCCUAGAAGAUGAUGGUGAUACAGUGAUCGAAUGUGGGAGAGAAACAGCUAACAAGCAAGAAGCUUCAUGUGUUACAAGAGGGCACUUGAACAGAGCAGUGGGAAGAGUGGCAGCUCAGGAGAAUGUAAAAGAGAGUAUGCUGUUGCCUUCUCCUGGUGUGGUAACAGCUGGCCUGACUGCUAAUACUGGUAACUGCUCAGCAUCCUCUGAAGACCAAGUUCUGCAGAGUCACCCCAGCACCUCAGUAGAUGCUGAAUCGGGAGUUAGAACUCUCUGUCCUGACCAGAUGACAGGAGAAAGUUCUGAUUCAUUAGCUGUUGUUGAUCAAGGCGCAGCUGAACUGCGAAGAAUGACUAAAGCAGCUACUAAGCUUCAAGCCUGCUGGAGAGGAUUUUACAUGAGGAACUACCAUCCCCGAGUCAAGGAAGUGCGGUAUGAAAUUCGACUAAACAGAAUGCAGGAGCACAUCGUUUGCUUAACUGAUGAAUUAGAAAAACUAAGAAAAGAAAGAGAGGAAGAUAAGGUUCAGAGGCUUGUACAGGAGGAAGCGGUCAGAUUUCUUUGGAACCAGGUUAAGUCCCUUCAACAAUGGCAGCUUUCUGUGAUGCAAAAUUUAGGUGCUGCUUGGCAACCUGGGGUCCCUUCAGCCAGUACUUCUGGUCCAUCCAAACCAUCUAUUGGAUCAUCCACACUUGAGCAAGAAACCCCACCAGGUGUUAGUGCUGCUUGCUUAGUUCCAGCGAGUGAUGUUCUUCAGGAAAAGUCUUUGUUGCAGUUCCCAGAUUCUGGUUUUCAUUCUUCCAUGGCUGAUCAGACUCAAGCUGGGGACUUGUGUCUCUCUGAAAAGAGUUUAACAGAAGGAACUGAGAGCUCUCUUUCAGUGGAAACUGUCAAACAAUGUGGCAAGCCUGUCUCAGCGUAUUCCUCAGAUCUAGAGGAUGACCAUGGGGAAUUUGAGCAAAGUAGAGAGAGCUCUAGUAAUGACCAGGACAAUGGACUCAUACAGCAGUAUUUGGAAUCUGUUCAGCAGCUGGAAGAGGCUGAUGAAGGGGCAAGUUGCAACGAUGAAACAGAGAGCAGCUGGCCACCAAUUGCUGUUUCUGCAGAAAGUCAAAAUUCUUCAUCUGAUGCUGUCUCUGUAGAUCUCCCUCAAGAUGCAUCAUCCCCUGCCAGAGGUGAAAUCAGUCAGACACCAGAAAGCUGCAAACUGAAUUCAGGAAUAGUAGAAGGGAAGCAAACAGACUGUGAUUCCUCAUUUCAGAUGCUGCAUGUUGGGAUAGCUGUAUAG